GCGCUGCGCAGCCCGAGCGCUCGCUGCGCCGCCUGUCUCUGCCUGCACGUCCCUGCUCGCCUGCUUCUCUGCACUGCCCCCUCAAGUCCAGGUCUCCCCCAAACCCGGGCGCUCACUCGCCUGUUUGCUGCUUCUGCUGCCGCCGCUGCCGCCACCACCGCCGCCGCUGCCGUCAGGACCAUGACCAGCUGCUUGCAGCUGCAGAACUGCCGGGCCCUGCGCUUGGCCUGGCCGCCUCCAGGUGCCAAUCCCCGCCCCCGCGGCCCCCUCCUUCUCCCGCCUCUGCCUGCGGCGGGGCCCGGGCCCGGCCCCCUCCGGCUCCGAAGCUACAGCGGGGGUUCAGCCAGGCUCCCAGAGGCCCUGCUUCGUACCGACGCCUUUGUGGGGGGCCGCUGGCUACCCGCCGCCGCAGGCACCUUCCCAGUGCAAGACCCGGCUAGCGGUGCCCAGCUAGGGCGAGUGGCCGACUGCGGGGUGUCGGAGGCCCGGGGGGCCGUGAGCACUGCCCACCAGGCGUUCUGCAGCUGGAGGGGGGUCUCUGCUAAGGAAAGGAGUUCAUUACUGCGAAAAUGGUAUGAUCUGAUGAUAAAGAAUAAAGAUGACCUUGCCAAGAUAAUCACAGCUGAAAAUGGAAAGCCCCUAAAGGAGGCCCAAGGAGAAGUUCUUUAUUCAGCCUUUUUCUUGGAGUGGUUUUCAGAAGAAGCAAGACGCAUUUAUGGAGAUAUCAUUUAUACCCCUGCCAAAGAUAGGCGCAGCCUGGUCCUGAAGCAGCCUGUUGGGGUGGCUGCCAUCAUCACACCAUGGAAUUUUCCCAGUGCCAUGAUUACCCGAAAGGUAGGAGCAGCUUUGGCAGCUGGUUGUACAGUGGUGGUGAAACCUGCAGAAGAUACACCUCUUUCUGCCUUGGCCCUUGGUGAGCUUGCCAACCAAGCAGGAAUUCCUGCAGGUGUCUAUAAUGUGGUUCCCUGCUCUCGCGAGAAGACCAAGGAGGUUGGAGAAGCUCUUUGCACUGAUCCAUUGGUAUCCAAAAUUUCUUUUACUGGCUCAACGGCAACAGGAAAGAUUCUCUUGCACUAUGCUGCUGACUCUGUGAAGAGGGUCUCCAUGGAGCUAGGAGGGCAUGCCCCAUUUAUCGUGUUUGACAGUGCCAACGUGGACCAAGCAGUGGCGGGGGCCCUGGCUUCCAAAUACAGAAAUUCUGGUCAGACAUGUGUUUGCGCGAAUCGUUUCUUGGUGCAAAGGGGGAUCCAUGAUUCCUUCGUGAAGAAGUUUGCUGAAGCCAUUAAUAGAGAGCUGCAUGUAGGUCAUGGAUUUGAGGAGAGAACUACCCAAGGCCCAUUGAUUAAUGAAAAAGCAGUGGAAAAGGUAGAGAAACAUGUAAGUGAUGCAGUUUCCAAAGGAGCCACCAUUGUGACAGGAGGGAAAAGACACAGCUUUGGGAAGAACUUUUUUGAGCCAACCCUCCUUAGCAACGUCACCGUAGACAUGCUGUGUUCUCAGGAAGAAACUUUUGGCCCCCUGGCACCAGUUAUUAAAUUUGAUACAGAGGAAGAAGCCCUAGCUAUCGCCAAUGCAAUGAAUGUGGGUCUAGCAGGUUAUUUUUACUCUCAGGAUCCAGCCCAGAUCUGGAGGGUGGCUGAGCAGCUAGAGGUUGGCAUGGUUGGAGUUAACGAGGGAAUACUGUCCACGGUGGAAUGCCCUUUCGGUGGGGUGAAGCAAUCUGGCCUUGGACGAGAAGGUUCAAAGUAUGGUAUUGAUGAAUAUCUGGAACUGAAGUAUGUGUGUUAUGGUGGCUUAUAGGAAUCACCAGAUGUUCUGUAACUAAGGGGAAAAAAAUCCCUCUACAGAUGUAGAGAAAUGCCAUCUAAUAUAUUUUUGAUAAACCUUUAGAAUCCUUAUAAAUGACCUGUAAAUGUGAAUUUUAAAAAACCUCAUCCAGUCCCACAUCAUCUUGUGUGUUAGUGGACAGUUGUUCCUCAGGUACUUGACUGGAUCAAGAGGUGAAACCUGUAAGUGUCCUUCUUGCUUUGAGUGUAGGCUGAGCUUGAGUUUCAGGUAGUGAUUUCCAGCCUUAACAUAGUGCUGCCACCUACUACUGAGAAGAAUUCAGCCAGAAGGUCCCUCAUGAUGUGGUUAGGAGUGGGUGUUUAAUACUGAAAGCACCAGAACAGCUAUAUCAUAAACCCAUUUCACCUCUAACAAGGCUGCGUAGCAUGGCGGUCCUGGGUGUGCAGAGGAAAUGCCUUCACGCACAUUCGGGCUGCCUGGGUGUUGCAACUGAAGUACAAUCUGGCCUAUUUUUAAAAACAGUUUGAAAUAGUACGCAGUGUCUGUGUUUCUUUGUGGACAGAAGGAACAUUUCCUCUCUUUUUCUCCCUCUGGCUAGCUUAAAAUUGAAGUCUACAAUUUGUGUUUACUGAAAGGAAAAAAAGAAUUGUGUAGGCUCUGUUUCACCUCCUUUUUUAAGAAGUAAGCAGAGGAUUGCAGCUGUAGAGUUUGAAGAAGGAGCUCCAGACUGGAAGUCAGGAUACCUAGACUUAAGUAUCUAAACUACUAACAUGCAAUUUUGGCAAACCAUCAUGUCUCUAGCCUGCAGUCAUCUUAUCUGCAAAAUGGUGAUAACUUACGUGCCCCUUCCUAAUUCACGGGGAUGUUGUGAGAUUAAAGCUAUGCCCAGGCCUUCAUAGAAAGAAGGUAUCUAUUUUGGAAAAAUGAGAGUGCCGUAUAAGUACAAGCUGUCAUCAUAGCUCAUAGCCCUCUGUAGUUUGCACACGGCUUUCUGUGCAAGGAACCAGAGGUAGGCGCUGCCAUAUUAUCAUCUCCAUUUUACAGAUAAGGAACCUGAGGCUUAAAGCAGUUUACAGUGUUCAUCCUACUACUCCAAGAUGCUUUUCUGUUUUAGUUUUUUUUUCUUUUUUGGCAGGGCGAUUGGGGUUAAGUGACAAGGUCACUUAGCUAGUCACACAGCUAGUACAUGUGUCAAGUGUCUGAGGCCGGAUUUGAACUCAGGUCCUCCUGAUUCCAGGGCCGGUGCUCUACUCACUGCGCCACCUAGCUGCCCCUUUACAGUUGUUUUGAUCCUAUUAUCAUUAUGAUUAUUACUGUUUAACAGCAGUGUCCCCAAUCAACUCUACCCUUGACACUUAGAUGUACAGUGGAAUGAGCCCACAGGAGAACCUUAACACAGGAUACUCUGUGUUAGCAGUAUUCUGGCUAGCCCCAUUGUUUGCCUUAAGGUUAGUUGUGUAGGAGACCCAAGUGGUGGUCACCAAGGCAGUGGGGUCAAAAUCAAAUAGAAACAGGGGGCCACUAAAUCAUACAAAACCACAUAGGAUCAUUAUCUAUAUUCCAUUGUAUUUGGUUUGUUAAUUUGUUAAUUUUUAAAAAUUAAUUUAAUUUCUUAAUUUUGUCAAUUUGUUUUGUUAUUUCUCAGUUACAUUUUAAUGUGAUUUGGGCAUGUGGCCUGGAGGCCAAGUGUUUGACACCUCUGAUCUAUAGCCCUUUCUCCCAGUCCUGCUUUAGAGGGGGUUGUUCCUCUCUCCUCAAAAAGAAGCCCAUAUUAAACCUGAAAAAAGAGAAUCGGGUUGGUAUAGUGAGAAGAGCACUAGAUAUGGAGUGAGGAUCUGCAUUUAAGUCUUAGCUCUGCUGCUUUGGGAGCUCAAGCAGAUCACUUCACCUCUGUGGGGUUUAUCAUCUGCAGAGUGUUAGAAUUGAGCCAGAUGAACCUUGAAGGUCUUGGUCAGCUCUAAAUCCUAAGGACUGUGAACUUAUGCAAGCUUUCCACAAUUUGAGGUUGGAGCCGUGGAGAAUGAAUAACUGGAGGGUUUCAUACCUCAUCACAAAUCUGGUUGUUGAGUUAAUUGAAAAUUUCAGUGACCUUUGGUGCAUUACCUAAUCUAUAAGGGCCAUCAAAUUGCAUUGAAUGAAGAACUUACAAACUGAUAACUUUGGGGAAUGUCCUCUAACACUAAGAUUGGCCAUCCCUCACUAAAUAAAAACUGAUAAAGUGUUUGAUUUCUGAGCUGACGCUUCACUCUCCUCUUCUUCUUCUACUCUCUUACACAAAUUCCUCAAGACAUCAAAGGGGGAGUCUGUGUAGAGAAGAGAGAAAGGAAUGAAGUACACAGCUCUUAAGAGGGGCUGUGCCUAAAUAAUCCUGAGCCUCUUGUAGAACUGUGUUUCUGAGCUCCAUCUGAUACUUAUUAGCCCCUUAGUCCUCACUCCAAGGUGGGAAUUAAAAUUUUUCUUUAUUGGGCAUUGGAAAGUUCAGAAAAGUCUUUGUAUUCAUGUUAGUAUCAGCUCUCCUUGAAACUGUUUUGUGUUUCACCCCACACAUUAGCCACACAGAUCAUAUUCCUAGGCUUGAACAUAGAAGUAUUUAGCUUCAGAACAACGUGCUGAGAACUUCUGCUAUUGGCAUCGUAUAGACAGUUUAAGAAGCACUGAAGGUGUCGUGAGUGGAAAAAGUUUGAGGAGCCUCGUAAAGUGAUGUAUACCCAGACUGUUGAUGACUAUUACAUUUUGAACAUUUUUAGAUAACUACAAGUGAAUUUCUCAAGGCCAUUGUUGCCACUACAGAAAACAUAACAAAAUGAAAAAUUCUCUGAUUUAAAAAAUAAUCUAGAAUCCUGGGAUUUAAAGAGCUUAGAAGAGAAAUAUUAAUUGAACUUUUAAAUGACUAGGUAAUUUUAUCAUAUUAUGCACCCCUUGAGGUUCAAUAAAGCAUAUAAAUUGAGACUACAGUCCCCAUCAUCAUAACGCUGAUUAAAUUUCACAUGUGUUAAUGAGGAAAAAAACUAAUUUUUCAUUAAGAUAGUAUUAGGGUACGUGUUGAUUUCUUUCAUUUGUCUGUACUUAUUACAAGAGAGGGAGUGGAGGGUGACAGUAGAAAAAGAAAAAAAGCAUCAAUAAAAUAUUUAAAUAGGAAAAAGGAUAGUAUCACAGAGUAGGAGGGAAGAGGAUUUGUUUUCAGUGAACCAUUUUUUAUCCUUUUAAGGCUGGUGACUUGUCUGGUAGAUGAAUCAUUGUUUACGCCUUUACAUCAUUAUGCAGAAGUUCAGCCUCUGGACUUAGGAGAUGUUUUUUCCUCACUCAUUUACCAGGUAAUGAUCAAUCCCAGAUUUAAAGAAUCUUCACUCUGUGUAGAUCACAUCAUCCUAGGCUACAGCACACUGAGCAUUUGCCUAGGAGGUUCCCAACCAUCGCCACAUACCCAAAAUGAAAUUACCCAGAGAUCAAAUCCAUUGGCCUGAAAAAAUGUUCCUGCAUUUGCUCCUAGCUAUGUACUACAGAAUCAGUUGGCUGCUGAUAUUUUGGUCAGAUUGAUCUGGUUUUUAAUAUGUGAUUUAUAUCUUGGUUUUUUUUGAAAGAUGUUUUUAGGUAAAAGUGUUUUUUUUUUUUCCUUCAAAGUUUAUUUUGGUGGAAACAGCCAAGGGAGAAUAAAGUUCAGAAGCACAAUGUAGUCCAAUCUAUUGUUCUGCUCUCGUUUUAAAACUUGCCAAAUGAUCUCUCUGUAAGGGUGGGUCACAGUGUUUUAAUAAUUCAUAUGCAGCUAAUUUUUAGAUUAUUCCCUGAAGAUUUUUCCUAGUGUGAUUUUUAAUGUUAAGUUUUGUGGAAAAAAAAUUGAAAGCUACUGUAACAGGAAAUGUCCUUAAAUCUUACUUUCAAUUGUGUAUACAUGAGCUCAUUUAUGUGAAUUCUCAUUUUUGUUCUCUGUGCGUAUGUGAAUUACUGUAUCAGCAUCUGCUUUCCAGAGAAUUGGAUUUGUGUGUGCAAUUAAUAAACAUUCAAUUUUAACAAUAACA